UAGGUGGAACAGAUCCUAUCUGAAUUCCAGCUACGGGAAGAAGAUUUGAAGAAGGUGAUGCGUCGGAUGCAGAAGGAAAUGGACCGAGGCUUAAAACUGGAGACGCAUGAGGAGGCCUCGGUGAAGAUGUUGCCCACAUAUGUACGGUCCACACCAGAAGGAUCAGAAGUUGGAGAUUUCCUAUCUUUGGAUCUUGGAGGUACCAAUUUCCGAGUGAUGCUGGUCAAAGUGGGAGAUGAUGAGGAAGGGCAAUGGAAGGUGAAGACAAAACAUCAAAUGUACUCCAUUCCAGAAGACGCCAUGACAGGAACUGCUGAAAUGCUCUUUGAUUAUAUUUCGGAAUGCAUCUCCGACUUCCUGGGCCAACAUCAAAUGAAGCACAAAAAGCUGCCUCUGGGCUUUACAUUUUCCUUCCCUGUUCGACAUGAAGACAUUGACAAGGGAAUUUUGUUGAACUGGACAAAAGGCUUCAAAGCAUCUGGAGCUGAAGGGAACAACAUUGUGGAGCUUUUGAGAGACUCUAUCAAACGAAGAGGGAUUCUCAAUGCAGUCUUGCUUGCUUUCUUGGCUCCCUCACUUGACGCUGGUGACCACAAGCAAGUUUACAAUAUUCUAACCUCUUUUGAGCUGUUGCCCUCUGCAAUGGACUGUGACAUUGUUCGGAUGGCCUGUGAGAGCGUCUCCACCAGGGCUGCCCAGAUGUGCUCAGCUGGGCUGGCUGGGGUUAUCAAUCGCAUGAGGGACAGCAGGAACGAGGAGACGCUGAAGAUUACAGUAGGUGUUGAUGGUUCAGUCUACAAGCACCACCCAAGUUUCAAAGAGCGUUUCCAUGCAUCAGUUAGGCAACUCACUCCGGGCUGUGACAUCGCCUUCCUGCAGUCAGAAGAAGGCAGUGGCCGAGGAGCCGCUCUCAUUUCUGCUGUAGCGUACAAAAUGGCUUGCAUGAUUGGCCAUUGAGAUGGACCAUGAAAGAGAAGCUAUCUUCUAGGAAAGCUUCUCCUCUUCUCAGCGACCCCAGGAUGUGUU